GAAGGAGACCAGAGCCGGAAGAGCAGCGGCGAGGCGGCGGCGGUGGCUGAGUCGGUGGUGGCAGAGGCGAAAGCGACAGCUCCAGGGGGUGGCAGCGGCCGCGAGAGCAGAAUGCGGGUCCGAGUUGGGCUGACGCUGCUGCUCUGUGCGGUGCUGCUGGGCUCGGCCUCGGCAUCCUCGGAUGAAGAAGGCAGUCAGGAUGAAUCCUUAGAUUCCAAGACUUCUUUGCCAUCAGAUGAGUCGGUAAAGGACCACAACGCAGCAGGCAGAGUAGUUGCUGGUCAGAUAUUUCUUGAUUCUGAAGAAUCAGAAUUAGAAUCACCAGUUCAAGAAGAGGAAGACAGCCUCAGGAGCCAAGAAGGGGAAAGUGUCGCAGAAGAAAUCAGCUUUCUAGAAUCUCCGAAUCCAGAAAACAAGGACUAUGAAGAAUCAAUGAAAGUACGGAAACAAGCUCUGACCGCCAUUGAAGGCACAGCACAUGGGGAGCCCUGCCACUUCCCUUUUCUGUUCCUGGAUAAGGAAUAUGACGAAUGUACAUCAGAUGGGAGGGAAGAUGGUAGAUUGUGGUGUGCUACAACCUAUGACUACAAGGCAGAUGAAAAGUGGGGCUUUUGUGAAACUGAAGAAGAAGCCACUAAACGGCGGCAAAUGCAGGAAGCGGAAAUGAUGUACCAGACAGGGAUGAAAAUCCUCAACGGAAGCAACAAGAAAAGCCAGAAAAGAGAAGCAUAUCGGUAUCUUCAAAAGGCAGCAGGCAUGAAUCAUACCAAGGCCGUGGAGAGAGUGUCAUAUGCUCUUUUGUUUGGUGAUUACCUGACACAGAAUAUCCAGGCAGCUAAAGAGAUGUUUGAGAAACUGACUGAGGAAGGCUCUCCUAAGGGACAAACUGCUCUUGGCUUUCUUUAUGCUUCUGGACUUGGUGUUAAUUCAAGUCAGGCAAAGGCCCUCGUAUAUUAUACUUUUGGAGCUCUUGGGGGCAACCUAAUAGCGCACAUGGUUUUGGGUUAUCGGUACUGGGCUGGCAUCGGAGUCCUCCAGAGUUGCGAAUCGGCACUGACUCACUAUCGUCUUGUUGCCAAUCAUGUUGCUAGUGAUAUCUCGCUGACAGGAGGCUCAGUAGUACAGAGAAUACGGCUGCCCGACGAGGUGGAAAAUCCAGGAAUGAAUAGUGGGAUGCUGGAAGAAGAUUUGAUUCAAUACUAUCAGUUCCUAGCAGAAAAAGGUGAUGUACAAGCACAGGUUGGUCUGGGACAACUGCAUCUGCACGGAGGGCGUGGAGUAGAACAAAAUCAUCAGAGAGCAUUUGACUACUUCAAUUUAGCAGCUAAUGCUGGCAAUUCACAUGCGAUGGCCUUCUUGGGAAAGAUGUAUUCAGAGGGAAGUGAUAUUGUACCACAGAGUAAUGAGACAGCUCUUCACUAUUUUAAGAAAGCUGCUGACAUGGGCAACCCAGUCGGACAGAGUGGACUCGGAAUGGCUUACCUCUAUGGGAGAGGAGUUCAAGUUAAUUAUGAUCUGGCACUAAAGUAUUUCCAGAAAGCUGCUGAACAAGGCUGGGUGGAUGGGCAACUGCAGCUUGGCUCUAUGUACUAUAAUGGCAUUGGAGUCAAGAGGGAUUAUAAACAGGCCUUGAAGUAUUUUAAUUUAGCUUCUCAGGGAGGCCACAUCUUGGCUUUCUAUAACCUAGCCCAGAUGCACGCCAGCGGCACAGGUGUGAUGCGAUCGUGUCACACUGCAGUGGAGUUGUUUAAGAACGUCUGUGAACGAGGCCGCUGGUCCGAGAGGCUUAUGAUGGCCUAUAACAGCUAUAAGGACGGCGACUACGACGCCGCCAUGAUCCAAUACCUCCUGCUGGCCGAACAGGGCUAUGAGGUGGCACAGAGCAAUGCAGCCUUCAUUCUCGAUCAGAGGGAAGCAACCAUUGUGGGGGAGAACGAGACUUACCCCAGAGCUUUGCUGCACUGGAACAGGGCCGCCUCGCAAGGCUAUACCGUGGCUAGAAUUAAGCUUGGAGACUACCAUUUCUAUGGCUUUGGCACUGACGUAGACUACGAGACCGCAUUUAUUCAUUAUCGUCUAGCGUCUGAGCAGCAACACAGUGCACAGGCUAUGUUUAAUCUGGGAUAUAUGCAUGAGAAGGGACUAGGCAUUAAACAGGAUAUUCACCUUGCGAAACGUUUUUAUGACAUGGCAGCUGAAGCCAGCCCAGACGCACAAGUACCAGUCUUCCUAGCACUAUGCAAAUUAGGUGUGGUGUAUUUCUUGCAGUACAUACGGGAAACAAAUAUUCGAGAUAUGUUCACCCAACUUGACAUGGACCAGCUUUUGGGACCUGAGUGGGACCUUUACCUCAUGACCAUCAUCGCACUGCUCUUGGGAACAGUUAUAGCUUACAGGCAGAGGCAGCACCAAGACAUGCCUGUCCCCAGGCCUCCGGGGCCCCGGCCGGUGCCACCACAGCAGGAGGGGCCACCAGAGCAGCAGCCACCGCAGUAACAGCCACUGUGUCCAGCCAUGGUCAGUGACAACUAAGGAAAUUGUUUGCGGAGAACACUUGCAUUGGAUUUAGGACUUCGGAUCAGCGAUCACCUCCUGGAAGAGGCACAAGGAAGCAUUGAAUUCCUAAAGCUGCUUAGAAUCUGAUGCCUUUAUUUUCAGGGAUAAGUAACUCUCACCUAAACUGAGUUGAAUGUUUGUUUCAGUGCCGUAUGGAGUAACAACUCUCAGUGGUCCCCCCCCCCUUUUUUCUGGAAACAUAUGAGACACUCAAUGUCUGCCGUACCCAGCUGUCUUUCUUGGGUCCUUUCAGUCACUCUCUCAAUAUGCAUAAGUUCUUCUAUCAACCACCUUUAAGGUCUUGUGCAUCAACACUAAAAACUGAUCACUGUAAAAAGGAAAAAAGUUAGUUCCAAGUUUAACCUUAACAUGUUUGAAAGUCUGAAAAUAGAACUUGCCUUUUAAGUAAAA